CGUAGUAGCACGAUCUAGAGUUCAUCCUCGCCAAUUGGACUUCCUUUAGUCUUAGCUGCCUACUUGCAAAUUGUUCUUCGAACUUGAUCUCGUCACGCCCUACUGCGGGAUUUCCUUCCAAGAGUCGAGUGAUCCGACUGGACAGAAUUCCAAUCAAAACGCGACAGGACACACGAGCAGUCUCAUUCGCAUCGAAAUCCGCUUGGAACAGGCAAGAUGACCUCCUUCAUCAACACAAUUAACAACAAUGCACGAACGUCACGACAGGGCGGCUCAUUCCAACCCCAGAGACGCGCCAAGGGCACCAACAGCUGGCAAUUGAAACAAUUUGCAGAAGCUACACUAGGCAGUGGGAGUCUUCGCAAAGUUGUGCAGCUGCCUGAAGGUGAAGAUCGGGAUGAGUGGUUGGCAGUCAAUGUGGUCGACUUUUACAACCAGGUCAAUCUGCUUUACGGCGCCAUCACUGAAUUCUGCUCUCCCCAGUCAUGCCCGGAGAUGAAGGCAACGGAUGAGUUUGAAUACCUCUGGCACGACCCGCCGUCCUUUCCCAAACCGACGCGAUUGCCCGCACCAACAUACAUCUCGCACCUACUCACAUGGACUUCCAACCAUCUCUCCAACUCGGCUGUGUUCCCAACACAACCGGGCGUACCGUUCCCUCCAGCUUUUCAGUCUACGAUUCGCACGAUCUUCAAACGCUUGUACCGCAUCUACGCCCAUAUCUACUGCCAUCACUACGGUGUCGUUCGCGGUCUUGGCUUAGAAGCUCACCUGAACACCGGCUUCAAGCAUUAUGUGUUGUUCGUGGAAGAGUUCGGGCUGGCGGAUGAAAAAGGAAGCAAGAAAGGAGAAUGGUUCGGCCCCCUGGGCGAACUAGUGGAGAGCAUGCUGCGUAGUGAUUGAAAUAGGGGUGCAUGACGAAGGGCGUUGUGAGGGAUGAAGGACUACUUUUAGUUCACGACAUGAUAUUAUGCAGGCGUUAUAAGGGGCGUAGGUGGAGUCGAAGCGGUCUUAGACCUCUGAGCCUUUUCCGAGGCAGUCCCACGGAUGAAUUUUGAUUCUUUUUCGAACGUCAGGAGGAGCUUGCGUUUCUCAUCCUGAUCAUUGCAAUGCAAGCCUUGAAUACAGUACUAGGACCCUCGGCUCAUGCCUGGUCAAAGCCUCCAAAGGCGUGCAGGAUUGUCGGCCUACAAAGCCAAUGGUUGCGAACGCCCUGUUGUUUUAUUCAUGAAGAUCGUGCUAGAUACCUAGGUACCCUUGCGAGGCAAGGCAACACAUACAUCCAGACAUAUUGGUGGACUAACUUGUUAACUCAAGCUGUCGGCAUUGCUUUGGUCAAAUGGCAAUUUGAGAAAGAGGCU